GGCAACGUGGUUUUGGGUUUCUGUAUCGGUUCCGUUUUUUGGUGCACGUUACUGUUUGAGCAAUUCAAGAAUCACGUUUCGCCAUAUAAUAUCGGUACUUUUAUAAGAUUUCUUCAGUUUAUAUCUAAAUGUUAGUGGAUAAAACAAUUAAAUUCGCUAAAACAGUAGGUGAGAACAACUAGUUUGAGAAAACUUUGUAUCUGACAUUUCACGUACAUAAUCGUUAAUGGAUUCUAGUGUACUGUAAUUUAAAAUACAUUUCUUGAUUCAAUAUAAUUUUCGAUAUAUGUAUAUGAAUAUUUAUAUAAGUGCGAGUAGAAUCAUAUCAUUGAUCUACGCAUAAUUUCUGAGUGUUAACUUGUGAAUACUUGUUCAGAAAAUAAUUUGGAUUAUAUAUAUUCCGUCAUAAAAUGACGUUUAACAGAUACAUUCUUGUGAUUCUCAAUGGACUAUUCUUCAUUUGGAUAAAACAAGGGGCAUGCGAUUUAAACCGGAAAGAUGCCAGAGGACCGGUAUUCCGAAUGGAACCUCCUUCAAGAGUUGAAUUUUCGAACAACAGUGGCUCAGAACUUCGAUGUAGUGCUGAUGGGUAUCCACAGCCUCGGUUAACGUGGUUAACUAGAGAAGGUACUCCUGCUAGAGAUGUACCAGGAUUACGCCAUACUAUGUCCGAUGGAACCCUAGUUUUCUCGCCGUUCCCAAGAUCAGAAUACAGACAAGACAUUCACGAUGCAGUGUACCAGUGUUCAGCCUCGAACCCAGCUGGUACUAUUCUAAGCAGAGAAGUCCAUGUGAGAGGAGUUAUCAAGCAGCAGUUUGAUCCCCAAGUAUAUGAUGAUUUUGUUGUACGUGGAAACACAGCUGUUCUCAGAUGUCAUCUGCCCACUUUCGUCAGAGAAUACGUUUCCGUUGAUUCUUGGAUUCGAGAUGACAAACAGGUUCUCAAAAGAAACGACAUGAAAGGAAGCUCAUACACCGUUCUGAAUUCUGGCGAACUGCUGAUUCAUGGUGUUCUGGAAAAAGAUUCUCAGAGGACAUUUCACUGCCAGACCCGCCACCGGCUGACAGGGGAAAUGGUUAUGAGUGUCAGCGCCGGCAAAAUUGUCGUCACAGGCAUCAUUUCUGGGCAGAAACUUCUGAACAUUCGUAGCACGGUUUUCGAGAGCAUUUUAAGCAUACAGGUUUAG